AUGAACAUAAUAAAUUCACUAGGAACAACAGAUCUUAUAGGAAUAAUUGUAUCGAUUAUUCUUGUAUACAUCGCAAGAUUUUAUUACAAUUAUUUAACACGAUCAAAUCCUUUGCCGGGACCCGUUCCAUUACCUAUCGUCGGAAAUUAUUUAUCGAUUUUUUAUUAUACCAAAGGUGAUGUAACACUAUGGUUAAAGCUACUACAUGGAAAACAUGGGGAUAUUUACGAAAUAUAUCUUGGAAGUUUAAGAAUAAUUGUACUCGCUCGAGCUGAUUAUGUUGAAAAAUUGAUGUCACCGUCCACAAAAACCAAUUACGUAUUGAGAUCGGAACAUAUGCCAGUAUUUGAUGAGUUAAACAUCACAGGAAAAGGAAUUCUAUUUAAUACUGACAUUCCUACUUGGAGAAUAAAUCGACAAUUAUUUUCACAAGCUGUUCUUACUCCGAGUUUCUCAAAAGAGGCCUUACAUCGGAAUCCAAUAAUCUUCAAUGAAUUAGUUGGAUAUUGGAAAGAAAUUGGAGAAGAUGUAUCAAUCGACUUUUCAAUUUGGAUUCGUAAAUUCACCACGGAAUCUAUCUUUCAAUUAGUUGUUGGAUUAAAAGUUAGCUCAAUGGCAAAAUAUUUUAAUGAUAGUGUAGAAUUAUCAAAGAGAAAGUUUAUUGA